CAGUGUAAGUGUCGCAGCGAAAGUGAUUUGAAUUGUGCAAUAGUGAACGGACAACUUUAAGAAAUUUAAAUUUUCUGAAAAUUUUACUCAGUGAAAUUCAGUAAAAUGAAGAUAGUUUUGGCAUUUUUGAUGCUCGCUGGCCUGCUGGCCAUAGGCGUUAACGCCGGCAGCGAACCAGUUUGCUCAUAUCGCAAUAAUGCGGGUGAAACGAUUUUCCUCAAGUAUUUGCCAUUACUCAAGCAGGGUCAGGACUAUGUGGACUUUGGUGCAGAUGGCAAGUGUAUGAAGCGCGCAGUUUGUACGGAGAAUUUCAAAACCGAAGUGGAAGAUUGCGCCAAGCAUCGCGUCACUUGUGGCAAUAAAAAGACAUUUCCCGGCGUGUUUCCCGGUUGUUGCGUUAAAUGCUAAUUAUUUGAUAAACAAAACACACAUCCAUAUAAACCUAAAUAUGAUGUAAACAACAAACUAUUUAAUCACAGCCUGCAUAUAAAAUGAUUUCUUUUUUAUAAUUUAUUCAAAAAUGGUACAAACUUGAAAACUUUGCUCAUUCGCACACUGGAGAGAUACAAAUAAAAAUAGUUUUAAGGCAAUUAUACAAUACUAUGAAAUUCAUAUUUUAUCCAAGUAACCACAGAUAUAUUUAACAUUGUAUGCUACUCUGCUCGAUAUAAAACAAAAUAAAACUCAUUUACGCCUCCCCGAAGGCUUAUUUAAAAAAGCAAGAAA